AUGACUCGUAUAUCAAAAUUUGCGACGGCCUUCGGUCUCGCAGCUCUCAAGACUCGUCAGGAUGCCGAGCCUGACCCUGCAGUAUGCCACGCUUAUGGCAUGGAUUUUCAGAGCAAUGGACAAUACUUCCAGAACUCGCUGUCGAACGAUAAUUUCACAUUCGUUGAACAAUUUGAGGGGUGUAAUCCGGAUGUCGCGUACAACAUUAUCGUUGAUCCGCAGGGCGAGCAGAACCUGUGCACCGAGACGAACCUCACGCCAGAUGAUGCAGACAUGCUUUCUACUUGCCCGCUGCGAAAGAAUCAGCUUGUAUCGGGUGAUUGGUCGAUCAUUGUGAUCAGCAACAACGGCGACGGUGUCCCUCUUGCUGCGCAGCGAGACUUUCUUCUUUCGGUCGGCCCUCAAAGCACAUCAACAGUAACUCCUACAAUCACCGCUACCCGUGUCAUCAACCCUAUCGUUAAUCAAACCAUUACAACAACCACCACCGGAACAACAUUUUUGAACCCCAGCACAUUAACGGUUCCUUCUGCGACCAUUACUCCCACAACCACCGUGAUUCCUAGUAGAGUAACUUCAUCCUCGACCAAAGCAUUCUUGACCAUCAAGGUUACAGCCUACACCUUCGACAUCACCAAAGUCACCUCCACAAAGACCGCCAGUUGCAAGCUGCCCACCCGCUCCGCCGCCUUCGACCCCCGCGCCGUCAUCAUCCCAACCGUCGGCCCAGUAGCCGUAGCCAACAUCAUCGCCUCACUCGGCCUUUUCCGCCGCGAAGCAGACAAAGCGCGCUUCCUACAGGACCGCGCCUCGCGCCUCGCCCUGGCCGCCCGCGCACCCGACCCCCAGCCCUUGCUCGUCACCGAAACGAACACCAACAAGUGGACUACUUCAACCGUGACGUCCACCGGCUCUCCGAUCGUCGCGACCAUCACCAGCGAAGUAACCAGCCUGGCCACGCUCACACCGCCAGCAGUCACGGUGUUGUCGGGAGAGCAGACUGCACUCCAGGUCACUAUUACUGCGCCGACGCCUACGUUAACGAAGACAGUUUAUGUCGUUGCUACGGUGGGCACGACGACGAAGACGGUAGAUUAUAUGUUUACAAUUCGUGUGACUACGACGCCGUCUGCUGUUGCGGAGGCGUGCACUUCUGCUGGGGGGAUAUUGGGCUAG